AUGGCGACAUCGGAAAAACGACGAAUCAUUCUCAAUGCGUUUGAUAUGUUCACGCCUAGUCAUCUGUGCUUCGGCCAGUGGCGCAGACUCGACGACACGGCUUCUGACAAGUUUAGUGAUCUCAGCUACUGGACGAGUCUAGCACAAACGCUUGAGCGAGGAGACAUCAACGCAUUGAUUCUUGCAGAUACGUACGGUCAGCAUGAUAUCUACAAAGGAAGCGCAGAGCCAACCAUUAGAACAUGCUGCCAGUACCCUAUGGGAGACCCAGCUGUGGUUGGUGUGUUAUACGUCGAGCAUGAUGAGCGGUACGCAGUUGCGGGUGAGUAUGUUGAGCUUCUUUACAAAAUAUGGGAGGGCUCUUGGUCAGAUGAUGCUCUGAAGAGAGACAAAUCGAACGAGAUUUAUGCAGAUCCUGAUGGUAUUCGUUGGGUCAAACAUCAUACGUCGAGGUUCAACGUGGAUGCGCCACAUAUUUUGCACCCGUCCCCUCAGAGAACGCCAUUUCUUCUUCAGGCGGGAACAUCCUCUGCCGGAAUUGCAUUUGCUGCUAAGCAUGCUGAGGCUAUCAUGGUAUCAGGGCUCUCACCCCACAUCCUGGCACCACGUGUGGCCGCCAUCCGCGAGAAGGCAGCAGAGUUUGGCCGCGAUCCUCGUAGCGUGAAGAUAUUUGCAGUAGUUACCCCAAUCAUUGGCCGAACCAAUGAGGAGGCAACUGCCAAGUACGAAGAGGCAUUGAAAUACGCAAGCUUCGAGCCAGGUCUUGCAUUCUUCUCCGGCAACGCUGGGAUAGACCUUUCCAAGUAUGAUCUUGACGCAGAAAUCAAGCCCGAUGAUGCCAAGAUUGACGGUAGAGUGCACUCGCUCGUCAACAGCUUGAAGUAUCGCGGCGACGAUAUUCCUACUUGGACACCCAGAAAUAUCGGAAAGGCGAUGGCUAUCGGCGGGAAUGGGCCGGUGCCUGUGGGGUCCGCAUCACGGGUAGCUGAUUUUCUUGAGGAAUGGGUGAAAGUGGCAGGUCUUGAUGGCUUUAACGUUGGAUACGUGACGAGCCCAGGGAGCUUUGAAGACGUCGUAGAUUUGCUUGUCCCCGAAAUCCGCCGAAGAGGUGUCUAUGCACCACUGGGCGAAAGCGGCACCGUACGCGAAAGAAUCUACGGCACGGGGCAGAAACGGUUGCGCGACGACCACACUGGGAGUCGUUUCAAACAUGGAAAAUACUCUGGAAAUUGA